CGAAGGCCCCUCUCUCUCCGGUUUCGUCUUCGUUUCACUCUCCAGCUCCUCUUCUUCUUCUUCCUCCUCCUCCAUCUGCGCUUUAUCCGAAGCUCGGAGAAUGGCUUCCCUCUAUGGUUCAGCUUCGGCGGCAGCUUCCACUUCCCUUGCUCCCAGCUCCAAAUCCCGAGCUUUCAAGAUACUCUCUCCUCCUCUCAUUGCUUCGCCUGCAACCGUCUCUCCUCGCCGUUCAAGUUUUAGGGUUGUUUCAGCAUUGGGGAGCAAGGAGUCGCCUUACAAUACCAUUGCACCAGGGCCGUCUCGUAAAACAUAUGGACUACCUCAGAAGUUUGAUAGGAAGGAUUUUGGUGAUUCCAGUCUGAGUGAUGGCACAAUUGUAGCUAAAAAGGGAAAUCCUCCGAUCAUGCCAGCAGUCAUGACUCCAGGAGGACCAUUGGACCUGUCGUUAGUGUUAUUCCGGAAUCGCAUCAUUUUUGUUGGGCAGCCAGUCAACUCUCAGGUGGCUCAGCGGGUCAUAUCACAGCUUGUAACCCUUGCAACCAUCGAUGAAGAUGCGGAUAUUUUGAUGUAUAUAAACUGCCCGGGCGGAAGCACCUAUUCGGUGCUGGCAAUUUAUGAUUGCAUGUCUUGGAUUAAGCCAAAGGUAGGCACAGUAUGCUUCGGAGUUGCAGCAAGCCAAGGAGCUCUUCUCCUUGCUGGUGGAGAAAAGGGAAUGCGUUAUGCAAUGCCAAAUGCCAGAAUUAUGAUACAUCAGCCACAGAGUGGAUGUGGGGGCCAUGUGGAGGAUGUGAGGCGCCAAGUGAAUGAAGCAGUUCAAUCUCGCCAUAAAAUUGACAAGAUGUAUGCUGUUUUCACUGGCCAACCCCUUGAGAAGGUGCAACAGUACACAGAAAGGGAUCGUUUCUUAUCGGUUUCCGAGGCUCUGGAGUUUGGGCUCAUAGAUGGAAUCCUCGAAACAGAGUAUUGAAGUGGCCAAAUUUCUUUUGGACAAUUGCUCCAAGCUUCAAUAUAGCGCGAACUUUGGUGUUGCACUAAGAAAGGAGGAAAAGUGUAAAUUAGGUCAGAAUUUGAGCCUGAAACCAUGUUAGGUGAUGCCAGUUUAAUUUUUGAACCUCUUGUUCCCAUUUUUCACGCUUUGUUUAAUUGUGACGAGAAGGCAUAAACACUGUCAUGUCUGGUAUAAUUUUUAUUUUCUAUUCGGUUAGGAAUUAGACUCCAAGUAGAGUUGUAAUUCUAUAUUUACAUUGAAUUCGCAAUGAAGUUUUUGGCGAAUUCAAAUCCUAAAAGCCAUUUUGUGUUAUUGGUGAA